AUGACGGGCGAAGGAGUGCGGGCACGGGUGCUGCUGAACGACCCGACGACAGACCACAUCUACCUGAAGGUGACGCCGAACCUGUUCACGGCGGAGAAGCUGCACCUGUUCGAGUCGAUGGACAUGUACACGUCGCUGAUCAAGUGCGCGAAGUUCAUGGAAAAUGGGGAGCGGUUGCACAACCUGAGCUGGCGGAUCAUCAACAAGUCGCUGCUGAAGGACCGGGACAUCAACAAGUCUAAGACGCGGGACGGCGUGCGGAGCCUGUAUGGGGUGCUGAGCCCGCAGCCGGGGGCGCCGGGCGCGCGGGAGGCGCCGGGCGCGCGAGCGCUGGGCGCGGGGGCGCCGGGAGCGGGGGUGCGGACCGGGGACGCGCGGGGCGGGCCCGCGCCCGCCUCGCGCAUGUUCUACAUUGAGAAGACGCCGUCGCCGGAGACCUCGGACCACACGCCGGGCUCAGAGGCGCGGCGCGGAGCCUCGCUGUUCGCCGCGGGAAACGGCGGCGGCCACGAUGCGCGCGCAGGCGCGCCGCCAAGCUCUGUGCUGGCCACCAGCGGCGGGCUUAACAAGGAUCGUUCGCUCUUCACGCAGAAGCCGGGCGGCCUGAACGGUAUGGUGGAGGCGAGCCGGGCGCAGCCGCACCAUAACCUGUUCAUCAGCAGUGGGGAGGAUGACUCGGAGUGGGACUCGAUAUCCGACGACAGCGAUCUGUACGAGAACGACGACUACGAGGAUGAAUACUACGAAAAACAGUGGGACAAGCUAAUGUUCACGAAAUCCAAGAUACGUGGCGACCACAGUUCUCCUACAUACACCGAGCAGCCGCCAGACGAGUUGGGGAACAACGGCGAGAUAAAGCGCUCGCUGCUGAGUGGGCUUUUCUUGAACCAGAUGGCGCGACCGGCCGCGCCCAUGGCGGCCAACCUGAACGCGAUCCGCAGCAACGGCACGAGUCCUACCCUGAGCAGAAGGGUGUCUGGUCUGGCCACCAUGGAGACCUCGAACGUUGUUGUCAUGGGCGCGGUGACGCCGACGUCCUCGUUCAAGGGUGCUGCCAGCGGGCUGGAGAAACUUGCCGCUGAAAACGGGGCUACGCAGCACGGCAGUGCCUUGCAGCUCCCGCCCAAGCCGGCUUCGCGCCGUGCGUCCAUCAGCAGUAUCGUCUCCGACUCCACGCGUGAGCGCUAUCUUUGUGAAUCAAAUGCUCCACUGACUGCGCACACUAUCCUUCCUACCGCACUUUCAACACACAUGUUUCCUCCCAACAACGUCCACCAGCAGCGGCUGGCGCGUGGGGCUGUUCCUGUCAACCAGCAGGCUAUUAUUCCGCGUAGAAAAACAAGUAUAGAGAUUCCCUGCAAGACCUGGAACAAAGGCCUCCUCAAGACGCGAUUGGAACUAUCGGAAGAAGAGAACCUUGGACGUGGUUUCAGCAAGAGGCAAUAA